AUGUCCGGUAUUGGCGAAGGAAUUGCGGGGUUGGCUUUCGGCGCGGCCAGCCUUGCGGCAUUGUUCACCACAUGUAUCGAGUUCUUCGAUGUUGUGGUCGCGGGGAAGCAUUUUAGCGAAGAGUAUGAGCAGCUCUGUGCACUGUUUUCCUUACAGAGAGUUCGGUUUGUUCUUUGGGGCGAGUCUGUUGGCUUGGUCCCGAGCCUGCAAAAUGGCCGCUGUCUACGAUUCAACAAGAGUCUCGAGCGCCCCGACAUUAGACCGGAAAUAGAACGAAUUCUUCUGAACAUCAAAUCAAUUCUUGACGAGGCUGGUCGUGUUGACGAGAGAUAUGGCUUGAGGGCCGAAGCCUCACGAGGCAUUGAAGUCUCCGUCUCUCGCGGAAUGAGUGUCUUCAAGACAUCUUUCGACCGAUUCAAAAAUCGAAUACGAACACACCAGAAAGAAACUUCGGCCUGGAAAGUCACCAGAUGGGCGAUUCACGAUAGUCGCAAGUUCGAGGCAAUGAUUGACCGGUUAGGCAAGUACGUGGAUGGCCUGGAGAGCAUUACUCAAUCACUAGGAUUACUAGAGGAGCAACGCGCACGGCUUCGAGCAGAAAUUGACACCAUUUCGGAUGUCGAAAGUCUCAGGCUACUUCGCGACGCAUCCUCGAAUCAAGCUUCCUGUCAAAACGACGUCUCGAGUGCAGCAAGUCUACGCUUGAUAAGUGUCACAGAAUCAAGUGCGAAGAGAAACGCGCCGGCGUCUAGUAUAGUUCUUUCAGACACGACAACCUCUUUCGUUACCGCACACUCUGGCCCUUCCGCCACGGGAGGCAACGUGUUGAGUUCACAUCUUCACAUACCAGGAAGUUGGCCGGCGUCUGUGAAAUUAAAUAUGGUCGUCUUGCCGGGUGGCGAACUCCAACGGAAACGCGAGUCCUGUGAAGAAUGCACACAUGAGCGCUAUCCAUGCAUAGAGGAUCGAUCGUAUAACAAGCCAUGUGCAAGAUGCAUGCAAACGAACAGAGAGUGCAGCUUCUUGCGAAAUACUCUGCAGCGAACUGGAGAACUUCCCCAUCUGACGCUCAAUGAGGAUGAGCUCCAGCAACAACGUCUUGCAUCGCGUGUUGAAGAGAUUCCACAAAAUCAACGAGUAUUGAGGGGUGUAUGUGCCAAAUCACCGCUUAACAGACAUCAGAGUUUUGAAGAAGGCGAUGCGGACUAUGGCAAGAAACUAGUCGAGGUCAAAGCUCAUGACGACAGCUACUGGCUCAGCCAUGCUGGAAAAAUCCUAGGUCAGGCAAACUCCAGCUCAUCGGCAGCGAAAAGAAUGUUCAUGGAAAUUCGCAACAUCAGAGCCAGCAAGGUCCCAUUUAUUAGCGCCACCCCUCUUGGCAACAGGCUAGACAGAGUGCUGGCGAGCAUCGAAGGCCCUCCCGAGACACCGUACGAAGGCGGGAUAUUCUGGAUUACUGUCCGAUUGUCAGAAAAUGACCCAUCAGCGCCGCCCAUGAUGAGGUUUCACACAAAAAUUUAUCACCCCAACAUUUCUCCCCAUGGAAAUAUCUGCGCAGACUACAAAGAGCAUUGGAGUCGACCCUUUUUGACGCAUUCCCCUGUCAAACAUAGAGACGGGGUUUGGUAUCCCCCCAAGCCUUCAGGGGCGCAGUGGACCUUGGGUGCUCUUCUCGUUGCCAUGUGCGCGCUACUGGCGAGCCCCAACAUUGACGAUCCCCUUGUGCCAGAGAUAGCGCAAAAAUAUAUCGAGGAUUACGACGGCUAUUGUGCAAACGCAAGGCUCUACACUGAGCGGUUUGCUACGGACAACAGACCGGACGAGAAAGACCUAUUGUUCCUGGAAGACAUGUCUGAUGAUACAAUCCCCGAAGAGUCCUCUCGUCUGCUGUCAAAUGCAGACUCCAGUCAGAGCGACGUUGACUUGAUUUCCCUCCAGGAGUCCCUGCGGGCUGAAUAUGAUGACAAAUUCCCAGAGGUAUUUCUGCAUCGAGCUGUACUUGUAGAAACCGACCCACUCCAACCCCGGAUCCGAACUUCCGGUUCGUUCUUAGAUUGGCUUGGUCUUGGAAGCAUGCCAUCUAAGAUAUGGCUCAGGCAGUUGGCGCAGAAGCAAAUGUGA